GCCGUCGAUUUUCUUAUAAAUCGGAGCCAACCACCUCUAGGGUUAAGCGCUGGGUUGAGCUUCCUUCUGUGCCGUUCAUUAUACCGAAAUAAAUCUGGUCUGGUCUUAUUUUUCUUUGCUUUUUGGAAGCAGAAGGCUUUCGUCGCAAUCUGGCUAGAAAGAGUUGGUGAAUGGGUAGGCUAGUUCAAUGGAUCCAAUCACACUGGUUCAACCAUUGAAUCAUCUUUGCGUUUUUUGUAGGUUUUCUAUUGAACAUGGGCAAAUCUUGCAUUUAGUGCAUGUGUUUAGAAGAGAUUUGAUUAAUUGGUGGGUGGUUGGAAUAUGAAAGUGCGACCCCCGACCUCCCUUUUUUUUUUUCUCCUUAAUCAUAUGCAUUGGUUGCUAGAAGUUUCAAUUGUUUUGAGCAUGUUUGCUGAAACUUUGUGGCGGUUGUCCUCAUCAGUGGGUGAGAGUAAUCCCUCAAGCAUGAGCAGAUGGCCCACGCACCCAUGUACCCUGGGGAAUUCAUCCAGGGGCGAAUCAAACUUAGGCAAUUGUCUCUUAUACAUGUUUUGGUUUGGCUUUUAUUAGUCGACAAAGAUUUUCUUUCACUCUGGCCGCUGCAACAAAGUUAAGCUCUUCUCGCACCUCAACGUGGGUGUGGGCUAAUAAUGAUAGUGCGAUUUUACUCUGUGUUCUGAGGCGUUCAAGAUCAUCACACAUUUGGAGAUUGUGUCGUGUUUCAGAGGGCUUGUUUGUGGAUUAUGGCUAAGGUCAACAUUAGCUAGAGUCCCAAUACGCUUCAUAGUAGCUGUCUGCAUAUCUUAGCAAAACUAGGUCUUUAUUUCAGGCUUCUGGCGCACAUGAGCAGAAUAGUUGGAGAUUAUUUGUUUUUUCCUGUAUCAAGAUCGACUCUGUUUGAAUGACACACUGCUUCAUAUAAUCACGAUGGUUAGGUUUUCAUGCUUCAAUGCUCACGUUCAUUCCCACAAACCAAAGAGAUCAUUUCAACCACCUGCUGAAGCAAUGCAGAAGACAUUGGAAGAUUGUCCUCAAAAUCAAGUCCUCAAGGAUUUAACUAACCCUGCCAGCUUAAAUAAGAGCACUCAAAAAGAAAGUCAUUUGAGUAACACCAGCACGCUUGUUGCAUGCUCCUCUUCUGUUGAGCGUCGUUGGAAAUCUGAAGAAAUUAACAGCAAACAUGAUAUUGAAAGUGAUGUAGAGGUCCAUCAGACAUGCAAUCUUAAGAAAAGUAUUUCUCUAGGAAGUGAACUGGACCGGGAAGGCAGGGUCUCUUGCAGCAACAUCACUGAGAAUGAGAUGGACCAAGGAUAUUUUUGUGAUGAUGCCCUUGAGCACAAUGGGUUAGUGGUGCCAGUUGGCAGCAAGGACCCAGGGACAAGCCUGCUCAAUCAGUCUCAAGAAGUUCUUCCUUCAGAGUCUCCUCAAGUGAGUUCUGAUAUGGUGAAUAAUGAGUCAAUUUUCUCUAUUGGAGAUGCACAAAAUCUUGAAAAAGAAGGCUACAAAAAUACUGAUCCCCUGUUAUCUCACGAGUGUAACGGUGAUUCCAGCGAACAUAUGUCUUGUACCCGACCUGUGAUCAUAAAAUCAUCUUCAAUGCCCAAUAUUGGUACUCAUGCACCAACUUCUGGAGAUUGUUCUCCUUUUAAAUACUCCGGGCCUUACUGUAGGUCUUUUGAAGACCUAAAUGUUCUGGAAAUGAGACACAGAGAGGAUGUAUUCCACGAGGUUGGAUCACAAGGGAUACAAGACCGAGGAAGGGAGAUCGUCUCCUGUAAGAUUGACAAGAAUAAUUUUGAAAUUCCUAUCGAGGAUGGGGUUGAAUCUUAUAAUUAUGUUGGUUCAGCAAGAGACUGGAUAGUGCCGGUAAUGGAAGAGGUAAACAUGAUGAAAAGCUUUAAAGGCGGACUUUUGGAGAAUCAAUGGGAUGGGUUGCCAAGCAGGGAAUUUAAAAUCAAGCGAAUUGAGGAAUGGGUAAUGGAUCUUCAGCACUGUAGUCCCUUGGAAGAAACAAAUGAAUCAAUACAUGACAACGAUCAAGUGAAGAGAGUUUCUAGUGCUGUGAAUAGUUUUACAGCUGCAAAGUUGGACUCCAAGGAUACUCCUGGCAUGGAAGCAGCAAAGCAAUAUAUUUCUUCCUUGAGUGCAGCAGCCACCACAGCUCAGUUGGCAAAUAAUGGGUUGGUUGUUGUUCCAUUUCUUAGUGCUUUUGUAAGCCUAAGAGUGCUUAAUUUAUCAGGGAAUGCCAUAGUGAGGAUAACAGCUGGCGUUCUUCCCCGAGGACUCCACAUGUUGAAUUUGUCUAAAAACAAUAUCUCCACCAUUGAAGGAUUACGUGAACUUAAUCGCCUUCGUGUAUUGGACCUCAGCUACAACCGGAUAUUCAGGAUUGGACAUGGCCUUGCCUCUUGCUCCUCUUUAAAGGAGUUAUAUUUAGCCGGAAACAAAAUCAGUGAGGUUGAAGGUCUUCACCGUCUUCUGAAACUGAAUGUCUUGGACUUGCGUUUCAACAAGAUCUCCACAGCAAAGUGCCUUGGCCAGCUUGCAGCAAAUUACAAUUCUUUGCAAGCAAUCAGCUUGGAAGGAAACCCAGCACAGAAGAAUGUGGGAGAUGAACAAUUGAAGAAACAAUUGCAGAGCCUUCUUCCCCAUCUUGUUUAUUACAAUAGGCAGCCUAUCAAAGUUGGCACUUUCAAGGAUAAUGCUGAUCGAUCAACUCGCUUGGGCAUUAAUGCCCAUGAUCGCAGCCUUAGAUCGGAGCACAAGCCCACGAGGAAGGGUACCCAUGGUUCAGCUCCUUACAAGGUAUCUUCUUUAUCAACUCAUGGUCGUAAAAGUCAAGCAGUAGAUUCCCCAAAACAGACCAAGCGAAGACAUGGACGCCUGCCCCCAAGUGGAACCGGAGCUACUAUGCAUCACCAGCAUCAUUUAUUUGAUUUUGGCAGCAAACUUUUAAGUAUGAGACCAGAUUUCUCAAUUCAUAGAAGUCGAAGUGAGGGAACUCUAGGAGCUUUGUGAAGCAUCACGUUCUCUAUUCAUAGCUGUUUGAACAAGCAAUUAUAUAUGAACUCUUUGUUUGAGCUUCUUUUGUAUGUUUUUCUGAUUCUGAAGGCGGCACAAAUGUCUGUUCAAAUAAAAUUCUGGGUAAAUUUCUAAGCA